ACUUGUCACUGAUAGCAUAAUAGCAUAGCUAGCUAGCUAACAGAAGUGCCUGCCUGCUUCUGGGGGAAAAAAACAACACCGUCCUGCGCCGGUGGGACAAUUGUCAUCAUCAUGGCUGUGUUGUGGUGUAGAUUCUGAUAACUAACGCCAAGAUGAUGAACGACAUCAUAGAGGAACCAGAGAAGGACACCUUGCUGGAAGCGCAGCCGGAGCCUCAAGUUUUGUCGGGGCCCAGUAAUGGCACAAGACCUAAGACCGCCGAUGGAGGGAUCAGGCCUGUGGAGAAAAGAGGACCUUACAUCAUGUCCAGAGCUCCAGCAAUCCACCUCAAACUACAGAAACACCGGGAAAUGGCGAGGAAAGCACUAAAGAAGAAAGCCCUUUCACCCGGACCUCCAGUGAUGCAUCAGCCCAGGCAAGGAGCUAAGAGGACGGUGAAGUUUAACAAGGGCUACGCCGCUUUGAGUCAGCACGCUGAGGACACUUUGGUUGCACUGGACUCCGACAGUGAUGAAGAGAUUGAUUUUGAGCAGUAUUCCUCAGGAUAUUCCUCAGCUGAGGUCCAUCCUGAUUUAAGCAGGCAGCUGCUUCAGGAUGGCUACCGUCUGGAUGAGAUCCCCGAUGACGAGGACCUGGACCUGAUUCCGCCCAAAGCCAUGGGCUCCUCUGCGUGUUGCUGCCCCGAGGGCCCGUCCUGCUCCAUGCAGUGAUGUCUGUGCUGUGACUCGAACCUUUUCAAAGGCUUGGCACCAGUUCCUGUCCCUGACUUUAGUCACUGGUGCCUGAGGCCCUCUUUCUGACCCAGCUCCACUGCUGUGCUGCCUGAGGACUUUCAGCUCUGAAGCCAAACUUCUGUUUAUGCAGGACUACGUGCACCAGGAUCGCUGAACCCACAUGAAAACGCGAAUGGACAUAAGAAGCCUUAUUCACUGUGACCCCAAAGCUUGACCUAUUUUUUAAAUUAUGCCACUGCUCUAAAUAGAGUGGCAGAGUAAACCAUAAUUUGGGAUAUGUCGUCAUUGACCCAAUGGGGAGAUGGUUACUGUCUUUUCUGCGCUGGUGAACAGGUCUGCAGCCCUCGAAAGCACGACAUGCAUACAUGUGGUGUAUUGUGUUUUAAUGUUCCGGCCCUUGGCGAAUUUGAAACUUCCAGUUAUUAACUAACUGCUGUGUGAAGGCAACUCGGUUAUCAUCGACUAUUGUUGCGUGAAUGGUUUUUGUUUCUUUACUGUAUCUGUCCUCAAAAAUUACACAGGACUUUUUAUUCCAAAAUGAGAUGGCCACCACUUUGGGAAAUAAAUGACACCGAGUUAAUUACAUUUUACAGGUCAUUGAGCAAACUGCUACAUACCAAGGACUCACUCAUCCUCUGCCUGUAGAAGAUAUACUUGGAGAGAAUAGCAUCAUGAAAAGUUAUCCUACAAAGGGAUUCACGGUUUUAAAGAGUAAUACCUACUCUUACCAGAUGUUACACUGCUGUGUAUGGCAAAAAUGUAGAUGCAGAUGAGUUACUUUGA